GCCGCGCCCCGCCCCCGCUGGCCCUUGGCGUGCGCGCGCGCCGCUGCAGCGUUCUUGUGGCCUCUGCGGCGCUCCCUCCUCGCCCGGCGCUAACGGCACGCGGCUCUCUCCGUGAGCUUCGCCGGCCGGCGGCUGAGAGGACGCGGUGGGCAGCGCCCGCGAUUGAAAUCACAGAAGACAAAUACAUUCUUCUUAAAAGGAGAAGAAGAAAUCUGUGUACUUUAUUACUGGCUUCCAAAGAUUACUAACUUUUAUCUGUAUCACUAAAAUUGAACUGCCUUGGCUCUACUGCUACUCUGACUGCUGCUUCCAUUAUUGCCUUCUUCAGCAAAAUAAGGCUUUCAGAAGCCAAAAAAUAACAAGACAUAAACAUCAGUUUAGAAGCCUUUCCACUAUGAAACUUAAACUAAAUGUGCUCACCAUUAUUUUGCUGCCUGUCCACUUGUUAAUAACAAUAUACAGUGCCCUUAUAUUUAUUCCAUGGUAUUUUCUUACCAAUGCUAAGAAGAAAAACGCUAUGGCAAAGAGAAUAAAAGCUAAGCCUACUUCAGACAAACCUGGAAGUCCAUAUCGCUCUGUCACACACUUCGACUCAUUAGCUGUCAUAGACAUCCCUGGAGCAGACACUCUGGAUAAAUUAUUUGACCAUGCUGUAUCCAAGUUUGGAAAGAAGGACAGCCUUGGGACCAGGGAAAUCCUAAGCGAAGAAAAUGAAAUGCAGCCAAAUGGAAAGGUUUUUAAGAAGUUAAUUCUUGGGAAUUAUAAAUGGAUGAACUAUCUUGAAGUAAACCGAAGAGUGAAUAAUUUUGGCAGUGGGCUCACUGCACUGGGACUGAAACCAAAGAACACCAUUGCUAUUUUCUGUGAGACCAGGGCCGAAUGGAUGAUUGCAGCACAGACCUGCUUUAAAUACAACUUUCCUCUUGUGACUUUGUAUGCUACACUUGGCAAAGAAGCAGUAGUUCAUGGACUAAAUGAGUGUGAAGCUUCCUAUCUGAUUACUAGUGUUGAACUUCUGGAAAGCAAACUUAAGACUGCACUGUUAGAUAUCAGUUGUGUUAAGCACAUCAUUUAUGUGGAUAAUAAGACUAUCAAUAAAGCAGAAUACCCUGAAGGAUUUGAGAUUCACAGCAUGCAAUCAGUAGAAGAGUUGGGAUCCAAGCCAGAAUACUCAAGCAUUCCACCAAGUACACCAACUCCUUCAGACAUGGCCAUUGUCAUGUACACCAGUGGUUCUACUGGCCGCCCUAAGGGAGUGAUGAUGUAUCACAGCAAUCUGAUAGCGGGAAUGACAGGCCAGUGUGAGCGAAUCCCUGGACUAGGACCUAAGGACACAUAUAUUGGCUACUUACCUUUGGCUCAUGUGUUAGAAUUGACGGCUGAGAUAUCUUGCUUUACCUAUGGCUGUAGGAUUGGAUAUUCUUCUCCACUUACACUGUCUGACCAGUCCAGCAAAAUUAAAAAAGGAAGCAAAGGAGACUGUACUGUACUGAAACCUACACUAAUGGCUGCUGUCCCAGAAAUCAUGGAUAGAAUUUAUAAGAAUGUUAUGACCAAAGUUCAAGAAAUGAAUUAUAUUCAGAAAACUCUGUUUAAGAUAGGGUAUGAUUACAAAUUGGAACAGAUCAAAAAAGGAUAUGAUGCACCUCUUUGCAAUCUGUUUCUGUUUAAAAAAGUCAAGGCUCUGCUGGGAGGGAAUGUCCGUAUGAUGCUGUCUGGUGGGGCACCGCUGUCUCCUCAGACACACCGGUUCAUGAAUGUCUGCUUCUGCUGUCCCAUUGGCCAGGGCUAUGGACUGACAGAAUCAUGUGGUGCUGGGACAGUUACUGAAGUUACUGACUAUACUACUGGCAGAGUUGGAGCACCCCUAAUUUGCUGUGAAAUUAAACUAAAAGACUGGCAGGAAGGUGGUUACACAGUUCACGAUAAGCCAAACCCCAGAGGUGAAAUUGUAAUUGGCGGGCAGAAUAUCUCCAUGGGAUAUUUUAAAAAUGAAGAGAAAACGGCAGAGGAUUAUUCUGUGGAUGAAAAUGGACAAAGGUGGUUUUGUACUGGUGAUAUUGGAGAAUUCCACCCUGAUGGAUGUUUACAGAUUAUAGAUCGUAAGAAAGAUCUGGUGAAGCUGCAAGCAGGAGAAUAUGUGUCUCUUGGGAAAGUAGAAGCAGCACUGAAGAACUGUCCUCUAAUUGACAACAUCUGUGCUUUUGCCAAAAGUGACCAGUCUUAUGUGAUCAGUUUUGUGGUUCCCAAUCAGAAAAGGUUGACACUUUUGGCACAACAGAAAGGGGUGGAAGGAACUUGGGUUGAUAUCUGCAAUAACCCUGCCAUGGAGGCUGAAAUACUAAGGGAAAUUCAAGAAGCUGCAAAUGCUAUGAACCUGGAGCGAUUUGAAAUUCCAAUCAAAGUUCGUUUAAGCCCAGAGCCAUGGACCCCCGAAACUGGUUUGGUAACUGAUGCUUUCAAACUGAAAAGGAAGGAACUGAAGAAUCAUUACCUCAAAGACAUUGAACGAAUGUAUGGGGGCAAAUAAAAUGUUGCUCCCUUACUAACAGUUGUGGGGGAGGUGCCCUGGUUGUUUUUCUGUUCUAGAGUUUAAGUUUUCGUUGAACUGUCUGUUAGAAUGUAAAGUGUAUCAUUCUAAAGACAUGGUAAUUAAAACAAAAAACCAAAACUUAUUAAAAUAGUUGUUGAGUCUGCUUUAACUUAGGUUUGUUUAGUUCUAGUGAAGCUGAAAUUGAAAAGUUAUUUCCCUUUAGCUGUAUUAAUUUAGAGCAGAAAUUGUUUUUAAAAAUUAGCCUAUGAUACACAUUUUCAUAAAGAAAAAAUUUAAUGUUAAACAACAUAAAUUGGAGUUGGAGUAGAAUGUAGUUUGAGGAAAUUUGCAGCUUCCAAUGUCUUCCUAGUUCAUAAGUUUAAAUAUUAAGCAUGACAAAAUAUAUGUAUUAACACUACUCAAAGCAGAAUUGCUUCAGGGCUUUAAAAUUCUCUUUUAACCAGUUAUAGUGAAGGGAAAAUUCAAUCAUAAUAUGAUAUACAGCAUCAAAUAAUACCUUAGAAGGUGUUAUUUUAAGAUCAUGCUGUUUGCAUAGGUUAGACAUAGAACCGUUAAAAUGUUGUGAAGAAUUACAGUGCCUAAAGUAAGAAUAAAACAACAUACACAUACCAAAAAUAUUUUGUAAUAUAUUUGAAGGAAAUUUGAACUGGUCUUUGAAACACUGAGAUAUAAAAUCAGUAACUGUAAUUAUUUGAAUGACUUAAAAGGAAAGUACGUUUUAAAACAUGCUGAAAAUGGCCUGUGUUCAAAAUGAAAGACUUCUAUCGAGUAAAAUGACAGAAUAGUUAAUCAAAAUUUAACAGUAAACAUUUUCUCUGUUAGAAAAGGUGAUAAAAUCGUAAGUAUUUGGAGUUAUGUCCCUUGCAUAGCACUGAACCUGGGAAGGAGAUUUGGAUUCUGGAUUUAUCUUUGAUAAGAGGGAUUGAUUUUAAAAUGUACUUGUAUCAAAAUUACACCAGUAAUUUAUGAUCUGAUUAUUGCUGAUUUGACUCUUGAUCAGUAGAUUGCAUUUUAGAGAACUUUUCAUGUUGCUUUAAUUUUAGCAAAGCGGGUUAUGGUGAAUAACUUCCCAAUUUCUUGUUCAAACCUACGGGUGAUUAAUUCUUUUGGAUGAGAUUUGGGAAAUCAAAGGGAAGAAAACACUGUUAGCACAUUUUCCUGUUUGUGAAGAGUUUAGAAACUGGAAAUGAUAGGGUUGGGAGAAGGGCAGAAUUACUUGAUAAGGGAUUUACGUUUAUUCAGUAACUUGGAGUGUGGGUUUCUUUUUAAAUCUUUAAAAUCUGGAAUUCACACUUGAACCAUAGUUACUGUAAAAAACAAAACUUUUUAAUACUGUUAUUCUUUGCACUAUAUAUAUAUGUGUGUGUAUAUCUUACAUUGCUUUGUACAGAUGUGGGCCACCACUGCAACAAAAGAAAUUCCUUUGUUCUAAAAUAUUUAUGAAGAAAAUAUUUAAAUGUUAUGUAUAUGGUGGUAAUAAGGAAAAAAUCAUCUGGUGUUAUAAGCAAGAAAGAAGGUUUUUGUAAAGGUUUUCAUUCAGUGUUCUGCAAAGUAAAAUUCUGGGCCAGUUUUCCCAGAAGUUAUGUAUGACUAUUCUGAAUCUUCCCAAAUUGCCUUUCAAGAGUGAAUAACCAUUAUUAGCAAGUAGACUACUGCUCACCUUCUGCUAUCCUGGCCCACUGUUUGUCCAGUAAGGAUUAUUUUCUUAGACUCUUCCAAUAUGUGACCCCCCCAUUUGAAAUGGUGAUUUUUAAAUAUAUGAGUGCAUGCAUACUAUCUUAGCUAUUUGCACCCCACCCACACCUAUCUCCUGAAAGCUGGAACACUGCCAAUGAAUCUACUGACCAGGUCCAUUAAAAAAUGUAAUUAACAAUUAAGGUUGGGUGCUGCUAAUUCUUUGCAAAAAUCCAAAUAUUGUUAAGGGACCAGGGAGAUGCCACUACCCCCUGAUUUUUCAUCAAAAAAUACAUGUUUAUGUAAAUGGAAAUCUUUCCAUAUUCAUAGAGACUUUUUAAGUAUUUAAACCUAAAGAUUUUGACCUCACAUUUUUAUACCUGUUUAAAUCAUUCAUAGUUAUUAUUACAUGUCAGCCAUCAAAUAAAGUUGUACUUGAUAAAUUUACUGCUAGUAUGUAUAUUUCUGAAUCGAACACUUGUGGUCUUCGCUUUAAUUACAUGAACAUAUCUUGCCUCUUUGAUAUUUGUGUUCAUUCUCUUUUUCAUCAAGUGGAGGUAUAACUGUAUGGCUUUUCAGAACUGAAAUACAGAAGGAUAAUUGAAAAAGUCAGAAAUUAACCAGAGUAAUGUUUCUUGGAUCACAGGGAGUGAUUAGUAAUUCCUUGUCUAUAUUUUCCUGGUAGCAUACUACAAAUGUUUCUAAGUUAACAAAGUGAGAACAGGUUAAAGAUUGUGUGGUGUUUCGAAUCUGGAGGGAAACUUUUAAAUUUUUGAAUGUAGUUGCAAGUUAUAAUGUAUUCAUAUGUGUACGUUCUGUUAAAAUGCACGAUUUCAAGGAUUGUUAUUUAGAUUUUGUGUUUAUUCUGGAUGAAAAGCUUUGUUCUUGUUUUUAAGUUUGCACUUGAGUCUUAUGAAAUAAAUUCACCCAUGUUAUCAAA